AGACAAUUCACACAAAAUUAAUUUAUAUAGGGAACAUGUUCAUUAACAUGGCAAUUUCCAGCACAUUUGCGAUGUGUAAACAGAUGUAUCACUCUUGUCAGCGCAUAUUUUGGCGUAAGAAAUCGGGUGAGGUAAAGACGUGAAACAUACAGACUGAGGUAAUUUUGGCCGCAACACAACUCACGACGGAGAGCUGCGUUUAACGUUUGCUGGUCACCUCUGACUCGAUGACAAUUUCUUUUUCUCUACGAUUUAUGAGCAUAUUGCUAUGAAGUUUCUGAGGCUUUUUUAUUUAAGAACUCUGCUGGCAACAUUCUUGGCUGUCCGCUGUUAUGGUGAAUCGCCGCCGAUUAUGAAGCGAACAUGUGGUGUUGAAAAUGCGAGAGAAAAUCGCCCCAAAUCUUCUGAAUCUCCGUAUGUUCCUCAGAUCGACAACAUCCUCAUGAAGAACGCAAUAAAGAGCCACGACAAGGACGCUUAUAACGCUUUGUUCAACCGCAACAUGCAAUGCAAAGAACGGUACCUUGUCCCCAUUGCCUGGCACGUUAUCUACGACCCACAGGGGAGAGGUAAUGUUUCAGAUGCCAUGUUGGAGGAACAAGUCAAAGUGUUGAACAGUAAGUGGUGAUCGUUUAACAAAUUGACCAUUUUGUUAUUGUAAAAAACAA